AUGCUAGAUGAUGAGAUGGUGUCAGUGAUGGUGAUGGUCGUGGUGAUGAUGGCGAUGAUGGUGACGAUGGUGAUCGAGGAUGCUGGUGAUGAUGGUAAUGGCGGUGGUGAUGGUGUCGGUGGUAGUAAAGAUGGCAAUGGUGAGCAUGAUGGAGACGAUGAGGAUGACAUUGAGGACGAGGAUAUUUGUAACCUGAUAAUCACAUCCACACUCGGUGGAAAGCUGUGCCGCAAGCCAGCUGGACGGCACAAAGGUGCAAAACACGUUCUGUACUAUCAGAACAACCGUAGGCCACCGUUCCUUCGUAAUGAUGAAAAUGUCAAGCGGAGUAUUUUGCAGAAAAAAUCUAUAAGGGAAGAGGGAUUUUGUGGUCUUGGUGAUGUUUGGGAGGUGGCAGCAAAUCUGGAAGGCAUUUAUUCUCAUAAGAAUAAGAAUAUUUCUCCUACGGAGCAUAUGCUGCUUCUGAGCUCCACUGUGCAGCUCGACGUGGAGCGCGGCUCUGAGAGCAUCCCGUGGGACGCCCCCACCCCGGGGUCGAGGAUCCAUGGCUGUGAAAGCUGCAAGGUUCUCGCAGCCAGGCCGACAGAAGCACGAGGAUCUCGUGCCCCAUCUGCACCCCCUCCACCCGUCCUCCCUGAUAGUCAAGACUUACUUAGUCUAGAUCCGCCCCCCUUAUCAAACCCCUCCCCUAGCGCCGCUGCGGCUGAGCGGCUGAGCUUUCUCCCCCUGUGCCUGCCCCGGCUGAAGCCGCCCCACCGGGCCCUGAAGCAGAAGGUCGAGAAGCAAUUGCUGCAGUCCCUGCCGCUCAUGGAGGGACUGACGGCCCUGCCGGACACACUAGGGAGCGCACUCAGAGAGAAAAUCCAUUUCGCCCGGCAGAUUCAACUGCCCAACUGGGACUACAACACGGCCGAAGGUAGGGGACGGCUGCUCAUUUAUCGCCAGACUCUAAUGGCGGGUCUCAGGGCUGCUGCCCGCAAGCCCACCAAUUUGGCCAAGGUAUAUGCAGUUUUGCAAGGUAAGACAGAGAGUCCAGCAGCAUUUCUAGAGAGAUUAAUGGAAGCCUUUAGGCAGUUUACCCCUAUGGAUUCUGAAGCCCCUGAGAAUCAGGCAGCAGUAGUCAUGUCUUUUGUAAAUCAGGCAGCAUCAGACAUUAAAAACAAACUACAGAAACUAGAGGACCUAGAGGGCAAACAGAUUCAAGAUCUACUCCGCAUUGCACAACGGGUUUAUAAUGCCAGAGAUACUCCAGAGGAUAAGCAACUCAAAGGAGCCACUGGGACUAAAAGGUACCCUUGGACAACUCAACGGACUGUUAACUUAGGUACAGGAGGAGUAACUCCUUCAUUCCUCAUCAUCCCUGAUAGCCCUUGCCCUCUGUUGGGAAGAGACUUAUUCACCAAGAUGGGAGCGCACAUUUAUUUUCAACCCGACGGCCCCACGGUAACUAGCUCUCAGACCUUGCCAUUAUCAAUACUCACAAUGCGUUUGGAGGACGAACAUCUACUCCACCAAACCACCCCCCCUUCCCAGGAACUCAACAUUGAGUCCUGGCUUCACCGAUUCCCUAAAGCCUGGGCAGAAACAGGAGGCAUGCCGGCCCUCUUCAUAGAGCUAAAGCCUGGGGCUGACCCCGUCUGAGUCAAACAGUACCCCCUGCCCAUGGAAGCUAAAUCGGGCAUCACCCCACAUAUUAGACGUCUCCUGGACUCAGGUGUGCUACGCCCCUGUCACUCGCCCUGGAACACACCUUUGUUACCGAUGCGUAAACCCAAUAGUGGGGACUACCGACCUGUACAAGACCUAAGGGAAGUUAAUAAACGGGUUAUGGACAUACACCCUACUGUCCCUAACCCCUAUAUUCUCCUCAGUGUCCUGGGGCCCACCAGAAUAUGGUACACAGUUCUUGACUUAAAGGAUGCUUUUUUUAGCUUGCCCUUGGCCCCCAAGAGCCAGGAUCUUUUCGCCUUUGAAUGGACAGACCCUGAGAGAGGUAUAAGUGGACAGCUGACAUGGACUCGCCUCCCACAAGGGUUCAAAAACUCGCCCACCCUGUUUGAUGAGGCCUUCCACGAGGAUUUAAGUGAAUAUAGAAAGCAAAACCCUGAUAUAACACUCUUGCAAUAUGUAGAUGAUCUCUUAAUAGCUGCAGAUUCCCAACAGACCUGCCUACAAGGAAUUGAAAACCUCCUCCAGGCUCUCGGCGACCUGGGGUACCGGGCCUCAGCGAAAAAGGCCCAAAUUUGCAAGUCUGAGGUAAUGUUGGGAUACUUAUUGAAAGGGGGACAAAAAUGGCUCGCCGACGCCCGCCAGAGCACUGUACUCCGCAUUCCCCGACCUGCUACACCGCGGCAGGUAAGAGAAUUCGGGACGGCAGGGUACUGUCGAUUGUGGAUACCGGGCUUCACUGAGAUGGCCAAACCCCUGUACAUAGCCUCUAAAACUCAGCAGACCUUUGAGUGGACGGAAGAGGCAGAACGAGCUUUCCAACAGGUGAAAAAGGCCCUCCUUUCAGCCCUGGCGCUAAGACUGCCGGAUGUAUCCAAACCAUUCCACCUAUACGUGGAUGAACAUAAUGGGGUGGCUAAGGCGGUGUUGACCCAACAUCUAGGCCCCUGGCCUAGACCCAUAGCAUACCUGUCAAAGAAACUAGACCCGGUAGCAGCAGGAGGGCCCCCCUGCCUCCGAAUGAUAGCAGCCACCGCCUUGAUGGUAAAGGACGCUGAUAAACUGUCACUGGGUCAAGAAUUACGAGUGACCACUCCACACGACAUUGAAAGCCUCCUCAAACAGCCCCCUGACCGAUGGAUGAGCAACACUCGCGUGGUCCACUACCAGGGACUAUUGUUCAAUCCUACGAGGAUAGUCUAUACUUCCCCUCAGGCCCUAAAUCCCGCAUCACUACUGCCUGACCCAGACCUGGAUGCUCCCCUCCAUGACUGUAUUGACAUCUUAGCCCAGGUCCAUGGGCUACGGGAAGACCUGCAGGACUAUCCCCUAAUAGAUGCUGAAGUCGUUUGGUUCACUGACGGCACCACUUUCGUCCGCAAAGGACAAAGGUAUGCAGGGGCCGCAGUCACAUCAGAGACGGAAAUUAUCUGGGCUGGUGCAUUGCCUCCGGGCACCUCAGCGCAAAAAGCCGAGCUAAUCGCCCUGACACAGGCCCUCAAAUUAGGGCAGGGCCUCCGGAUGACUGUAUAUACAGACAGCCGAUAUGCCUUCGCCACGGCCCACGUCCAUGGGGCAAUCUAUAGGGAGAGGGGAUCACUCACUGCCGAGGGAAAGGACAUCAAAGACAAGGACAAAGUUCUGGCCUUACUAGCAGACAUCUUGGCCCCUAAGAAAUUGGCCAUAGUCCACUGUUCUGGACACCAAAAACCAAGCGAUCCAGUCUCUAGGGGAAACAAUUUUGCUGAUCAGACUGCUCGCCAAGUAGCCUGUAGCAAAGUCCCAACGCUACCAAUACAACCACCCAACCCGGGACCCCGAGAACUGCCACCCCAUCCGGAGGGACAAGAAGUUCUAGAGUGAAUUCACCAAACAACUCAUUUAGGUUCCAGACGGCUACAGGACCUUAUGCGACAAUCCAAACUAUCUAUCAGAAACGUCGUUGAAAAAUCAGAAAGAAUUGCCACCGGAUGUGCAGCUUGCCAACUUCAAAACGCCUGCCCACACUCCUCUAUAACCGGAUCCCGAGAGAGGGGAACCCUGCUGGGAGUCUAUUGGGAAAUAGACUUUACAGAGGUAAAGCCUGGGAAAUAUGGCUAUAAGUACUUACUGGUGUUUAUAGAUACCUUUUCAGGAUGGACUGAGGCUUUUCCAACCAAGCAUGAGACUGCACAGGUGGUGGCAAAGAAACUACUCGAAGAUAUUCUGCCUAGGUAUGGCUUUCCUGUUAUGAUGGGAUCAGACAAUGGGCCAGCCUUCGUCUCUAAGGUAAGUCAGGGUCUGGCUUCCAUACUUGGGGUUAAUUGGAAAUUACACUGUGCAUAUAGACCCCAGAGUUCAGGACAGGUAGCAAGAAUGAACAGAACCUUAAAAGAGACCCUUGCUAAAUUGACCAUGGAGACUGGCGCUAACUGGGUGGCUCUGCUCCCCUACGCUCUGUAUCGAGUACGCAACACCCCAUAUAAGCUGGGGUUCACACCUUAUGAGAUCAUGUAUGGUAGGCCUCCUCCCAUCAUACCUACUAAACUCAGAACUGACCUUAUCCAGUCAGAUCAUGAUAACUCCUUUUUAUUCUCCCUCCAAGCUUUACAACGAGUCCAUAAACGUAUUUGGCCAAGACUAAGGGACUUAGAUGCAACAGGACCUCCGUCUGUACCCCAUCAGUUCCACCCUGGAGAUUGGGUUCCUGUCAAGCGACACCGAGCCGAGACCCUCAAACCUCGUUGGAAGGGACCUUUCCAGGUUAUCCUGACUACCCCUACAGCCAUCAAGGUGGACAGCAUAGCAACCUGGAUACACCACACCCACGCGAAGCCAGUUGACCCACUGUCAGAUCUCAUCAGAAAACCCAACCAGGACAUCAGUUGGACAGUGGACCACAGUAAGGACAAUCCUCUUAAACUAACCCUGCGCCGAAAACCUGACUCCCGUUUCCCCAAUAAUUAAUAUGAAACUUCCUCUCUUUGCUCUGCUGUUUACACUCCUGCCAUGGUAUGGGGCCUCCAGUCCCCAUGCCCCAGCCAUUUUGACUUGGCAAGUCACUAAUAGUGCGGGCUUAGUAGUUUGGAACAUGUCACACACAGCUACUCCCUACACCUGGUGGCCUAACUUAUACCCUGACGUCUGUAAGUUAGCCAUGGGAGCCCCAGCCAACUGGGACGCAGAAAAUUACUUUGACCUCCAGAAGCCCCCUUCACAGCCAUCCCCCCGGGGGCGACUCGGGUUAGACCCUUGGGGAGGCUGUGGGGACUGGAGUCAGCGAAGUAUGUUAAGCACACUUACCUUCUAUGUAUGCCCCGGGGUUCACAGACCCAGGGAAUGGACCCACUCAUGUAGUGGGGCAGCUCACUUUUAUUGUCGCAAUUGGGGCUGUGAAACCACAGGUGACACUUAUUGGAAACCCACCUCAGGCUGGGACUACAUAACCGUGACGGCGAAUUAUUCUCACGCCAGGAGCAGUCCCAAAUGGACACAGAACCCAGCCUGUAAAGACCAGUGGUGUCACCCACUCAAAAUAGCCUUUACUGAGUCGGGAAAAAGACAAACUAACUGGGUGAGGGGAUAUACCUGGGGCCUCAGAUUCUAUAAAGAACGUUAUGAUGACGGUCUAACGUUCACUAUAAAACUUUCUAUAGAAACCUCUAAAGCCACCAUAGGGCCCAACCCCGUACUUGCCCCACCACCUCCAACCAGGCCCCGCCUAACAGUUGUCACUCAGAGCCCUACCACUUACGGGGCAACACA